AACAUGUGGAGGGAGGCAAGAGGAAACACCUGCAAGUCUCUUGGUUUAUUUUUAGCCCGUUUCCCAGAGAAGUGAGACUGGUGAUCGCAGCCCGUGUGUCUUUUCCCACUUUAGUUCUGAGUACUUUUUUGGGGAAAAAAAGGGAGUGAGGUAAAGGAGAGCGUCUCUGUCUUCCCCUGACGCCCCACCAAUGCUCUUUCAGGCAGAAAGGCACCUCCAGCACCAGGAUGGCACAGACCCGGCAGGGUCCCACUGUGGAGGUGCUGGGACGCUCUGUUUGGAGGCUUGGGUUCGGAUCGACGUGGGCGAGAGGAAUGUCCCUGUCACCUUCGUGGUGGAUAAGUUGCCUAAUCGUUGGGCUGAGGCGCAGCAGUGGCUGGAGGCAACAGCCACGCAGGCUUCAGUCCGCAAGCAGAGGAGCGGUGUCUGCAGAAGGUGAAAUCCUGGCUAAAACCAAGACUUGAGUGAUUUUUCUAGAGGGGUUGCCUCACCCCACGCGACUGCUGGAUGCGUAAUGUGAGCGUAGCGGCUUUAUCGCCUGGGUUUUAUGCCCGACGUGUGUCCAUGCUCUCCACGAGCCCAUCCGUCCUUGGCGUCUGUGGGCAUGAGCACCAGCUGGAGAUGUUCUGCCUUUGAGGAGGACCACGGGGGAACCGUGUGAUCUGUGAGGUUAAGUGCAGAGAUGGAGAUGGUUUUGCUGUUUGCCGAAAUGCCAGGCGGGCGCGUGCCGGCACCCGUCAGCCCAUUAGCAGCUUUGCCAGCCUGGAAUACAGGGAGUGGAGAAGAAACGAGGAGAGGAGAUUAAAGACCCGCGACCGGUUUUCAUUGGCCGUCUUAAAAUUGCGGCUCGGUAAUUAAGGCUUUAGGCAGCUCACAAAUAGCCCGGCUUUCUGCCGGCUGGCUUCUAUUGCGAGCCUGUCGCCUCUGCGAGGAGCUGGACUUUAUACCUUGGCUGAAAGGGAAGAAAAGCAAAAGGUAAGGAUGCCUCGGAGCCUGCUCCCAGCCGGCACCCUGCCCGUUCCUCUUACCCCUUCCCAGUUUGUCUGGGGUUGAAUGAAAUGACUGUAAGUGAUUUGGGCAGCUUUAAAUUCCCUUUUUUCUAGCAAUGGCUGGGGCUCACUUGUUUUAUUUAUAUGGGUGAGGGGAGCUGGAAGGGGCAGAAGAGAGGAGCGAUGCUUUGGACAGCUCAGCACGGGCCCCUCUGCUUCCUCGCUGCGAGCACCGAGCAGCAUUUCCCUGGUGAGGAGGUGCAGGAGGGCGUGCUUUCCUCUUUCGCUGUUGAACAUUUAGGCAAAACCUGCGAUAUUUGGAAAUCACCAAACCUCCAGGCCUAAGGGAAAGGUAGGACAGGUCCCCAAAAGGACUUCCUAGAGUUUGUUCAGCCUCGUCGUGUUUUUUGGAUGAUCAAGCCUAAUCCAGCAAGGUGACCACGCGCGUACGGUGGGACCGGUCCUCCGAGGCCCCUGGAGAACAUCUGAUCUGGUGGAUCCCUGGGGCUGCAGCACCUGGAGGACGCUAACAGCAAAAAAAACCAACCCCAAAACCCGACGUUUUCCUUUUGGGUGGUGAUUAAAUGGGUGUUUUUACACCCACAUUUAGCCGCUGCUGGCAUCUACUUAGGCUUUGUGUAUUAACACCCCGUCCUCUCGUACAGGCUUGGAUAAACUCUGGUCAGACAAGUACAAAGCAUCCUCAGGGAAUGGAGGGAAAACUCGUGGAAUUUCCUAGCUGUAGUGCUGCCUGAGAGGCAGGCAUAUGAAAACACCCUUUUUUUUUUUUCUUUCUGCCUGAAGAAACAACUGCAGAAAGCCAUGCAGGGACCGAGACCGGUGGUUCUGAGCGGCCCGUCGGGUGCAGGGAAGAGCACUUUGUUAAAGAAAUUGCUUAAAGAUUACGAGAACAUCUUCGGCUUCAGCGUCUCCCAUACCACAAGGCAGCCAAGACCCGGAGAGGUGAAUGGCAAAGAUUACCACUUUGUGACCAGAGAGGAAAUGCAGAAAGAAAUUGAUGCUGGUGAAUUCAUCGAGCACGCAGAGUUCUCCGGGAAUAUGUACGGGACGAGUAAAGGUGCGGUGCAGGCUGUUCAGGCCCAGAAUCAGAUCUGCGUCCUUGACAUCGACAUCCAGGGCGUGAAGAACAUCAAGAGGACGGACCUGAACCCCAUCUACAUCUCCGUGCAGCCUCCGUCCAUAGACAUCUUGGAAAAAAGACUACGUGACCGCAAGACUGAGACAGAAGAAAGUUUACUGAAGCGUUUGAACGCAGCCCGCGUAGAUUUGGAACUUAGUAAAGAGCCUGGCCUCUUUGACUUGGUCAUUAUUAACGAUGAUUUAGAAAAAGCCUAUUCCGAAUUGAAGGAGAUACUCCUGGAGGAAAUCAAGAAGACCCAAGAAUCCAGGAAGUCCUGAGCUGAGCCUGCUUGGACGUUUUAACUUUGCACAUCAUUCCCGAAGCACGUCACACCAUUUCAUUCCGAGAGACAUUCCCUUUAGGCCGAUCCUCCUCCCAGGUUACUCUAGGAUGUUUCUAUUAAAAGGAAAGAAAAUGAAACCCGGUCACGCUUGUGUUUCUGUUUCCCACG